CUAUUUAAAUUUCUUCACGUAUAUUCAUACACACAUAUAUAUAGGUUGUUGACAGCUGAGACAAAACCCUAAAAAAACCCGGAAAAAGAAAGUUUUAAUUAACCGCAAAUUAAGCCAUGGAUGAGAUCAAUUCUUUAAUCUUCCAUGGGUGCAAGUUGGCUAGAGACCUUGAAUUAAACCUGCCAAACAUAGCCAACCAACCAAACAUGGUCUUAAAGUCAUGUGAUGAUAUUGUGAGGAUUUUCAGUGCUGCCAGAGACCGCUUGAGCGGUCAAGGUUCGAGUUCAACAUCGUAUGGCAGUGGUGGUGGUGGAGGCCUAAUUCACGAGUCGCAAAUGGCUGGGAUCGGUGGUGGUAGUAGUGGUGGUGGAGGAAUGCAUGAGUGGCUAAGAUUUGCUAGUUCACAAGCAAUGGACUUACUUCAAGCCCAGUACGAGGUGCAGGGUGGGUCGGCGGAGAUGGGUGGUGGAGUGGAUGUUUCAGGAGGAGAAUUGGGUGGCGGCAGCGGUGGUGGUGGUGGAGGGGAGGUUCAGGCGAUGGAUGUGUCAGAUUCCAGCAGGGGUACUUCGUGGCAAAGACAAAGAAGGAGGAAGGAUGACGGGAACAAAAGAAGGGUGUUGAUGCCAGCGCCUAGGAUGGGGAACACAGAGAUACCACCAGAGGAUGGUUACACCUGGCGAAAGUACGGUCAAAAGGAGAUUCUCGGGUCAAAAUAUCCCAGGAGUUACUACAGAUGCACCCACCAAAAGCUCUACAACUGCCCGGCCAGAAAACAAGUCCAGCGACUCGACAACGACGCCUACACCUUCGAAGUCAUCUACUGUGCUAAUCAUACUUGCCACAUGUCCUCCACCGCACCCUCUAUCCCUCCCAUUUCCCCAGAACUCCUCCCUCAAAUCACCCAACAACAACCCACCACCACCACCCACUCUCCGCCCCCACCGCCCACCUCGGCCCCUCUCGCCACAUGGCUCUCGAUGGACAUCAACCAAAGCUCCGGCGAAGGCACUAGCAGCUUCUCCGCCGACCCACGUGUGCAUUUGUUCAGGGACUUCGGUUUGAGAAGUGGUGGUGGUGGUGGUGGUGGUGGUGGUGCUGGGACAAGCAGUGGCGGUGCGGGUCCAUCGUCGUCGACAACUAGGUACGGUGAGAAUCAGUUUCCGGUGGCGGAUUUGGCUGAUGCCAUGUUUAAUUCAGGUAGUAGCAGUAAUAAUAGUAUAGAUGUCAUUUUCUCUUCCAUGGAAGAUAAGUGGGAGCCAGCUCCUGGAGAGAAGAAGAACUGAUUGCUUGAUAGCUGCCCGACAUAGAAUUAAAACAUAGAAAAGUACGCCGAAAGAGAACUGUCUGGUUUAGAUUUAUUUAAAGUAUGCGAUGAAUCUAUCACAAAUAAUAUGUUUUUUUGUGUUUUUAUUCUAUGCGGUUAUAUUGCUUCUCAAGUGAAUGCACAUUAGUUAGCUGCGGAUAGAACAAUCCAUAACAAGAAAGAGAAAAGAAUAUAUGGGGAACUUGAGCAAUUUCUUGACUGUAACAUUUAACUCCCAACUGUGAGGAGUAUUUUACUUGUUUUGAUCAAUUCAUUCUUACUUGUGUUUUAGGAAUUUUGUAAAAUAUUGAUUGUCAAUGAAAGCUUGUUAUUUUGAAAA